CAGUCUCCUUGGCUCUCUCCACCGUCACUGUGAGCUGCUGUUGAGCUUCUUGCCAUCAGCCCAGCCUGCUCGUCCAACUUGCUAAUCUCCUCCCUCUCCUCUCAUCGAAUCUCCAUCCUCGUGUCUCUCUCCUCCACUGCUCUCUUUUGAUCUGUUCAUUCUAAUACAUCUCGUGUUUCAGAUAUUGAAGGAGCUACAUCUGAUCGUGGAUCGAUUUAUUGUCUCGUUCAUUCUUUCUUACCUACGUGUCACUCUCUCACAUGUAGAUUUAACCAAUGGCCAGAUGAAGUGCACAACACUAGGAAAUAGAAAUACAGUAGUACACCAUGUGAAUGCCCAUAGUUCGUGGGAAGAAAGUUGAUGCGGCUUUCUCCUUUGUCUAAUGAGUUCUUCAAGGAGCUCCUACAGUACACUCAGCUGAAACAUGCCAACAAAGGUCGAGCAUUGCAUGCUCGCAUCAUCAAAACCGUCUCACCUUCUUGUAUUUUCCUUGAAAAUAGCCUUGUUAAUUUCUAUGCAAAGUGCGGUCACUUGCCCAACGCCAAGGUUGUUUUCGACAACAUUCGUGUCAAAGAUGUUGUCUCAUGGAAUUGUCUCAUCAACGGGUACUCCCAACGGGGACACUCUGGCUCUUCCUUCGUCAUAGAACUCUUUCGGCGUAUGAUCGCAGAUAAUACCUCUCCCAAUGCCCACACUUUCUCUGGUGUCUUUACUGCUGCUUCCAGUUUGUCUGACAUUUGUGUUGGCCGGCAAGCGCACGCGGUCGCCAUCAAAACUGCAAGCUUUUAUGACGUUUUUGUUGGGAGUUCGCUUCUUAAUAUGUAUUGCAAAACGGGGUUUGUUGAUGAAGCCCGUAAGUUGUUUGAUAGAAUGCCUGAAAGGAAUCCUGUUUCUUGGGCUACAAUGAUUUCUGGGUAUGCUACUCAAGAGAUGGCUGGAGAGGCUCUGGAGAUUUUUGAAUCCAUGCGUCGUGAGACUGAGGGUGAGAACGAGUUCGUGUUUACUAGUGUUCUAAGUGCUCUGACAAUUCCUGAACUUGUAGACACUGGUAAGCAGAUUCAUUCUCUCGCUGCUAAAAAUGGGCUGUUGUCAAUUACCUCUGUGGAAAAUGCUCUUGUAACGAUGUAUGCUAAAUGUGGGAGCUUGGAUGAUGCAUUUAAGACAUUUUACUUAUCUGGGGGUAAAAAUUCAAUCACAUGGUCGGCAAUGAUUACUGGUUAUGCACAAAGUGGGGAUUCAGGUAAGGCGUUGAAGUUGUUUCACAGUAUGCAUCUCUCUGCAGUCGUGCCCAGUGAAUUUACUCUUGUCGGGGUUAUCAACGCUUGCAGUGACCUUGGUACUCUUAUAGAAGGAAAGCAGAUGCAUAGUUAUGCGUUGAGGUUAGGUUAUGAAUCACACAUGUACGUUUUGACAGCUUUAGUGGACAUGUAUGCAAAAUGUGGCAGCAUUGCUGAUGCUCGCAAGGGCUUUGAUUAUCUACGGCAACCUGACAUUGUUCUUUGGACUUCUAUCAUAACAGGGUACGCACAGAAUGGGGAUAGUGAAGGUGCUUUAAAUCUGUAUUGCAAAAUGCAGAUGGAAGGAAUUAUUCCCAAUGAGCUUACUAUGGCAAGUGUCCUAAAAGCCUGCUCUAGCCUAGCUGCUUCAGAUCAAGGAAUGCAAAUCCACGCGCGGAUUGUAAAGUACGGUUUCAGCUUGGAAAUCCCAAUUGGAAGUGCACUUUCUGCCAUGUAUGCAAAAUGUGGAAAUAUGGAUGAAGGGUGUCGUGUUUUUUGUAGGAUGCCUUCCAGAGAUGUAAUUUCAUGGAAUGCAAUGAUAUCCGGUCUUUCUCAAAAUGGUUAUGGCAAUGAAGCCUUGGAGUUGUUUGAGGAGAUGCGUUUGGAGGGCACAAAACCAGACCAUGUCACGUUUGUAAAUCUUCUCUCUGCUUGCAGUCAUAUGGGACUUGUGGAGCGAGGUUGGGAUUAUUUCAAGAUGAUGUUUGAUGAGUUCAGCAUUGUUCCCACAGUAGAGCAUUAUGCAUGCAUGGUUGAUAUCUUGAGCCGUGCUGGUAAACUGAAUGAAGCAAGAGAGUUCAUUGAAUCAGCAAAAAUUGAUCAUGGUUUGUGUUUGUGGCGCAUAUUAUUAGGGGCCUGUAGGAACUAUCGUAACUAUGAUCUUGGUGCCUAUGCUGGAGAAAAACUGAUUGAGCUAGGCUCACCAGAAUCAUCCACUUAUGUUUUGUUAUCUAGUAUUUAUACAGCCUUGGGCAAGUGGGAAGAUGUAGAGCGUGUAAGAAGGAUGAUGAAAGUCCGAGGGGUGACUAAAGAACCUGGUUGUAGCUGGAUUGAGUUAAAGAGUUUAGUUCAUGUUUUUGUUGUCGGAGACCAGAUGCAUCCACAGAUAGAUGAGAUACGAUCAGAGUUACGGUUUUUGACCAAAUUGAUGAAAGAUGAAGGAUAUCGACCUCGUUUAGAUCCAUUGCCUGUCACUAUUGUUGAUGAUUUGGAAGAUCAAGAAGGCAGCCAAGACAUGCGGAUUGCAGUUUUUGGUGGCUAGCAAUAAGACUGGGAUGAUGAUCUGGUCAAGGAAACUGAUCUCAAGGUUUUGCUGGUUAAUUUGCUGUGAGAGAGGUGUGACUCAUCUACUGGAACGGUGGGCUAUAAAUUGUAUUCUUUUAUUGUUUUGGUGAACGGUGGGCUAUAAAUUCAAGGCUAACCGAGCUAAGAAAUUCUUCAAUAUUAUGUAUAUUUUUUAAAAAAAUUGCAGAUCAAAGUAGUUAUAGAUAGACACGUGUCAGCAUAUCAGGAAACACUUUUCAAUCAGGCCAUCUAUGACAUGCUUACCUGCCUGUUCAUAAUUGUCUUGGUUCAUAAGCUUUUAAGAAUUCUUAACAUCCGUAAACUACUGGUUUUGUUAGGUUCAUAGGUUGUUUGCUAGGUGUAGCGGAAAGAUCAAGCAUCAGAGAAAGGUCAGACAGUAAUUUUAAGAUAUGGAAUGUACAAUCAUAUUUUCUUAUGUUAUCCUCUAUAAAUACAUAAAUGCAUUAAUA